GGAGCUCAAGCAAAGCACAGUUCUUCGUUGAAAGCCUGUAAUUGUUUCUUUACCGAGAAAUUGUAAACUUUUUUUUUUCUUCUUUUGAACAAAAAUGCUAAGAGGAUUUCUAGAAUGUUGAGGAGGACGCUUCGGAUUUUGAAACCCAGGUCUAUCCUGGAAGGUUCUCUCCACCGUCGAUCGGUUUCUUACUCUACUCCGUCGCCGAGAUUGUCUUCCGGAGCUAUUUCCCUUACGACGGCUGGUGCGGCGGAUAUUGGCGCCGAUGAGGCUAUUGCGUACUCGGACCCAACUGAAUCGCCGACUGCGACGCCGGUGAUGAUCCCCGGUCAACUUCAGCCACGAGUCGUCGUGUACGACGGAGUCUGUCAUCUUUGCCAUGGAGGUGUGAAGUGGAUAAUCAAAGCGGAUAAGCACAGAAAGAUAAAGUUUUGUUGCCUUCAGUCUAAAGCCGCUGAGCCCUAUCUAACAGUGAGUGGAGUCACUAAGGAAGAUGUUCAGAAGCGAUUUCUCUUUGUUGAAGGUCUCGGGUCAUACCAUCAGGCAUCAACCGCUGCACUUCGAGUGGUAUCGUACUUGCCUCUGCCAUACUCCGCACUGAACGCUUUCUCCAUAGUUCCCACUCCUCUGAGAGACUCGGUGUAUGACUAUGUGGCGAACCAUCGUUAUGACUGGUUUGGAAAAGCUGAGGAUUGCUUGGUUCUCAAAGACAAAGAGCUGCUGGAGCGAUUUAUAGACCGAGAAGAAUUCAUUGAUCGAUACUUGUGACGACCCUUGUACCGAUUUAGAGUCUGCAUAUACUGUAUAAGUAUAAGGGAAUAUGGUUAGAGUUAACUUUUCCAGGGACCAAAGCUUACGGUUUGUGUUACUUUUCUGAACAGUGAUCAUAUCAAAGAGACAAAGACUAACCCUUCCAAAGCUAAGCCGCAUAAUC